AUGCCAGACGAGGACAUGCAGAAAAAUCCAGGUGAUCCUGACAGGACAUUGGCUAAUUUACAUUCACCGCAAACAGGCAUUGCAAUGUGCAGCAUAUUAAGAAGCUCUGACUCCUUCCUUCGAUUCCGAUUGAGUCGGGGGCAAAUACAUGGGUGUUCGCGCACGUCGGAAAAUGGAGCUCGAGAAAAAGUCCAGCGACAGCCCUUAUCGCGCAGUAGCGAGCUAUCUUUGGAUUUCCACUCGAAGACGAGAAAAGCGAAGGAACUGGAGAAAUCGGGAUCGCUGGUUAGUCGCGGGAGACCCUCUGCCACUAGUUGUCUCGCUGCUGCGCCGACGGACGUUCCGUUGUGCCCCGGGUGUCGGAUAAGCCACGAUCCGCGCCCGUAUGUUCGCGUGCUCUCGUGCGGCUCUGUCACAGGGAAAAAGGUUAAACAGAAUCCUCAAAUACCUACAAAUCUACAAAAUCAUCAAACACAACUUCAAAGCAGUAGGCUAAAUUUGAUUUCACCGGGCCUUCGCAAUCUGUCAACCACUACGAAUUCGGUGGAUGGUACACCUCCAUUUCAAUAUUCUGGUGGACCACUAUCUUUGUACCAUGUUGAUGGUCGAUCUCAACUGAAUCCAGGAGGUCAACAAGGUCAAUUUCCUCCGGCAAGACCAUACGGAUUACCACUUCAACGUGUACCAUCCCCUAGGAACUUUUUUUUUGGAAGACCAUCGCAAUCGGAUUCGUCUUCAGGUGGUCCGCCACCUCGUUUUAUACACGGACAAACAUCAUCAACGGAUCAACAAGGUCAGCCACCUUUAAGUGCCAGACUACCUCAAUCCUUUAAUCAAGUAGGUUUCGCUAAUCGACCGCCAUUUCAACCACUUUCUGGCGCUGCAAGCAAUGAUCUACGAUUACCGAAUCGGGGACUUCUUCAAAGAAAUAACUCCGUAGGGGGUAUUACAACUUCUCCGAGAUUUUCACAUCCAAAUUUUCCUCUAGGCCAACGACAACAGCAGCAAAAAAACGGUUUGAAUUAUCAAUCUCGGCUACAAUUUAGCGUUGAUAAGAUGGUCGAUACAGAUGUCAAUCAAUUACAUCGGCCACUAUCAAGUGCAUCAUUAAAAAUCGAUGAUAAUGAUAAAUUUAAUAGUGCCUUUGAUGCAAGUAGCUGUGAAAAUGAUAAAGAGAGUGAAGAUGGAGAAAUUGAUGAAGAACAACAGUCAAUUAAUAAUGAUGCGUUUAUUGAUAUUAAAAAUUACGAUUUAGAACUGAUGAAUAGUGCAAGAAAUAAUUAUGAAAUACAAAAAAAAAUUGAGUUUAAAAGCUUGUCUUCAAAAAUGACUGACAUUAAGUUAUCAGACUUUGAGUCAUCAGCCAUGAAAGUUCAUCCAUUAAAUAAUCAAAUGCAAAGACGAUUCAAGAAAUUAAAGGAUACACAUACUUCGCUACCUGAGGUAUCCAUCAAUAAAAUGAAAGAAAAUCUUGAAACAGCUGAAAUGCAAAAUGCUGAAAAUGACAGUGGAGUUGAUGAAACAAUGCAGCAAAGAGAGGGGCCAAGGACAAAUGGCAUUUCUGAAUUGUCAAAACAGUCACCUGAUAACAAUAAAAGAUCGUCAAGAGCCGGUUCUCCUGUAAAGUCUCCAAGUAAAUCAAUUAAAAUUUUGCCGAGAACGCCGGAUGCGGCUCCUCUUACAACUGUCCAAGACAAAAAAAAAGUUCCAAUGAACAAAGUACAAGUAGGUGCUGCUCCAUCACCAAAUUUAAAAUCUGUGAGAUCAAAAAUUGGUUCGUUAGAUAAUAGCACUUACAAGCCAGGAGGUGGAAAAGUCAAAAUAGAAAACAGGAAGCUGGAUUUUAGCAAAGCGCAGCCAAAAAUUGCAGCCAAAAAUGAUAAAUAUAUACCUAGUGGUGGCGAUAAAAAAAUUCAACAAGUGAAGCUUCAGUGGAAUGCAAAACCGAAAAUUGGUUCGUUAGACAAUGCAGCAUAUAAGCCUGGCGGAGGAGACAAGAAAAUUGAGACAGUGAAAUUAGAUUUCAAGGACAAAGCCAAGUCAAAAGUCGGAUCAAAAGAAAAUGCUAAACAUGUGCCUGGAGGUGGAUCUGUCAAGAUUGAAACACAAAAAAUUGAAAUUAAGGCUGAAAGUAAAAUUGGUUCAUUGGAGAAUGUUAAGCACAAGCCUGGUGGUGGGGAUAAAAAGAUUUUUGAUGACAAAACAUAUCUACGACAGAACUCUUCAAAUGUAGGGAGCAUUAGUGGUAGUGGCUCACAGAGUCCAAUAGCUUCUGGAACGGGGAUUGACAAAAAUGGCCUCCCCAUUUCGGACAAGAAUCUGAAUCAAGAGUAUUAA